GAUAAUUGACUGGGCCGGAAGGGGAGUGAUGUUGUCUGCGGACCGCACGGUGGCGGCCGCCGUGUGCGGGGCGUGCCGUCACACCGGCUGGCCCGCGGCGCUGGCACACGCAUCCUGGCUGCCUCAAGGGGUCACCUGGAGUGAGGUUAGCUGCGGCGCGACUGGAACGUCAGCAACACCUAGCCACUACCACAGCGGUCGCAGUUAUUGUGGCAGCAGCCACAGCAGUGCCACUGCGCUGCCCACUGCUGCGCACCUGCACUGUUUGUACGGCCAAACCCCAUCGGAGCAGCAACCUGUAAGCCUCGCUGGGGCGGAGGACAACUGGCGCUGGGCGUCGCCUGAAGUGGGCGCACCCGCGGGGCCGGGCCCGCUGUCUGCAGCAACUUCCCUCACAGCUGCUGCAGCGGCAGGGGCUGUACGGCCAUGGGGGUCACCGUUAGGACCUCCGAAGGGCUUGGUGCAGGGGAGAGGAGUCAGGCCAGUUGGCUGGGCGCUGCCUGCAUUGCCCGCAGCGUUGACGGCACCCCGGCACAUUGCCGCUGGCGCUGGCGGCUGGCGGUCGGGCGGCCCAGGGGCCCAGGCGCCGCUUCCCUUCGCGGCCGCAGGGGCCACUCGCUGGCAGCACACGGGUUCCACCCAGACACCCGUGCCGAGAUCACAGCCGGGGUCGGGGGCGGGGCAAUCAGCAGCGGCAGGGGCAGGGGCGGCUAAGCCCGGCUCAGCCACGGCGCCGGCGCCCGCCAGUGCGGCAGCGGCAGCGGGCGGGAGCCCGGCAGCGGGCGGCGCCGCCUCGGCGGCUGCGGCGCUGGAGGCGGCUGGGGAGCGGCUGUCCGACACGCAGAUCCUGGGCCGCCUGGUCGGGUACCUGUGGCCCAAAGACAACCCCGAGUUCCGCGGCCGGGUGGUUGCGGCCACUGCGCUGCUGGUGAUCGCCAAGCUGCUCAACAUCAACGUGCCCAUCGCGCUCAAGCUGGCUGUCGACUCCCUGUCAGCCUCCGUGGCGGCGGGCGGCGCGGCGCCGGCGGCCGUGGCUGUGUACGGCAUGAGCCUGGGCCCCAUCGCGCUGCUGCUGGGCUGGGGCGCGGCGCGCGGCGGCAUGGCGUUCUGCAACGAGAUGCGCAACAUCGUGUUCGCCAAGGUGGCCCAGGGCACCAUCCGGCGGGUGGCCAACGAGGUGUUCGGUCACCUGCACACCCUCGACCUGGGCUUCCACCUGGCCAAGCAGACCGGCAGCCUGGCGCGGGUGGUGGACCGUGGCACGCGAGGCAUCAACUUCAUCCUGUCCAGCAUGGUGUUCAAUGUGGCGCCCACGGUGUUCGAGGUGACGGUGGUUACGGCCAUCCUCACCGCCAAGUGCGGCCCCGCUCUGGGCGUCAUCACCAUCGGCACAUUGGCGGCCUACGCGGCGUUCACCCUGAGCGUCACGCAGUGGCGCACCGCCUUCCGCAAGACCAUGAACCGAGCCGAGAGCGAGGCGGCGGGGCGGUCGGUGGACAGCCUGAUCAACUACGAGACUGUCAAGUACUUCAACGCCGAGGCGCAUGAGCAGCGCAGGUACGACGAGAGCUUCCGCGCCUACGAGGCUGCGGCGGUGCAGACGCAGCAGAGCCUGUCCUACCUCAACCUGGGCCAGAGCGCCAUCUUCACCGCCGGCAUGACCGCAGCCAUGGUGCUCACAGGCCAGCAGGUGCUGUCGGGCCAGGCCACAGUGGGCGACCUGGUCAUGGUGAACGGGCUGCUGUUCCAGCUGUCCAUGCCGCUCAACUUCCUGGGCACUGUGUACCGCGAGACGCGGCAGUCGCUUCAGGACAUGGGCGCCAUGUUUGGACUGCUGCAGCAGCACCCCGCCAUACAGGACUCACCCACCGCAGUGGCACUGCCGCCCUCCCCACGUGGCGGUUAUGACGUCACCCUGACGGACGUGGCGUUCGGCUACCGGCCCGACGACCCCAUCCUCAACGGCGUCAGCCUCCAUGUGCCCGCCGGCACCAGCGCCGCCAUCGUGGGCGCCAGCGGCUCCGGCAAGAGCACCGUGCUACGGCUGCUGUUCAGGUUCUACGACGCCCAGUCGGGGGCGGUGCAGGUGGCCGGCCGGGACGUGCGCGACAUACAGCUGGACAGCCUGCGGGCAGCCAUCGCCACCGUGCCGCAGGACAUGGUGUUGUUCAACGACUCCAUCUACUACAACAUCGCGUACGGCAAGCAGGGAGCCACGCGGGAGGAGGUGGAGGCAGCUGCCAAGCUGGCUCGCGUUCACGCCGCCAUCAUGGAUAUGCCGGACGGGUACAACACAGUGGUGGGCGAGCGGGGGCUCAAGCUCAGCGGCGGCGAGAAGCAGCGCGUAGCCAUUGCCAGGGCCUUCCUGAAGGCGCCGCACGUGCUCCUGUUUGAUGAGGCCACCAGUGCCCUGGACACCAAGACCGAGGGGGAGAUCCUGGAGGCGCUCAAGCUCCUGGCGCAGGGCCGCACCUCCAUCUUUGUGGCGCACCGGCUGUCCACCGCGGCGCAGUGCGACCAGAUUGUGGUGCUGGACGAAGGCCGAGUGGUGGAGGCGGGCACGCACAGCGAGUUGCUGGCACGCGGCGGGCGCUACUCCGAGCUGUGGGCACGGCAGGCCAGUCACGUGGAGGAGCUGGCGGCGGCGACAGCGGCGGGAGGCACAGGCGGCGGCGGCGGUGGCAACGCGGGGAGCAAGUAGGUCGGAAAGAAACGGCAACGCCCCGGUGUUUGCUGAGAGUAGGCAAAGCGAGCGAUCAAGAUUGGAUGUGCGGACUAUGCAGGCGGCUUUGGGACGUGGUGUAAGAUAGAGAGCGAGAGUGCAUGAGCGGGCGCUGGUUGAAGUAGAGGCAGGUUGCUGUGGUACAGGCUAUGCAGUCGAAGCUGUGUAUUGAAUUUGGCAUAUGCAAGCACUCCGGCAUGAGGACCAGGGGGUGCUAGUGAGAUAGGUUGGACGCGACCUUGGCCUGCGUGUCGGAGCUCCAAGUGUUCAGAACGGGGGUAACAGGGGACACCCCAACUGGCCGCGUCAGUGCUGGCAUGGACGCGCGCACAGAAUA